AUGGCUAAGAGCAGAGUCAGUGUUCCUGUGAUCGAGUUCUUGAAGAACAGAAUCUACCUUGGAGCCUUUGACUCCACACCAGUAGACACCAACGAGCUUGUGUACUUUACCGUAGAAGAUGCUCUUCCAUACAACGCCUUCCAUCUCGACUUUGGUCCUUUGCACAUCGGCAAUUUGUACCGAUUUGCUGUAGUUUUGCAUAACAUUCUCAACGAAGAAUCUAACCAGGGCAAAGCAAUCGUCUUUUAUAGUUCGACAGCUCCAAAGAUGAGGAGUAAUGCUGCCUGUUUAUUAUGUUGCUAUAUGGUUUUGGUUCAAUCUUGGUCUCCGCAUCAAGUUUUGCAGCCCAUUGCCCAGCUCGAUCCUCCUUUCCAGGGAUUCCGUGAUGCUGGUUACUCAACUGCCGACUUUGAGAUCACAAUUCAAGAUAUAGUGUACGCUAUGUGGAGAGCUAAGGAGAGAGGCAUGAUUGAUUUGACCACUUUCAACUUGGAAGAGUAUGAACAAUAUGAGCGUGUAGACCAGGGUGAUUUCAAUGUGAUCUCCAAAGAUUUUAUUGCAUUUGCUUCACCCCAGCAGAGUUCUAGAAAAGCUGGUUUGAACGAACCUUUCCGUAAAGUAUUGAGCUUCUUUGUGCAAAACGACGUUCAGCUUGUUGUCAGAUUGAACUCGCAUUUGUAUGAUGCUAACGAAUUCACAAAGAGAAACAUCCAGCAUAUCGAUAUGAUCUUUGACGACGGUACCUGUCCAACAUUAGAGUAUGUCCAGAAGUUCAUUGGUGCUGCCGAAACCGUCAUAAAUAAGGGAGGCAAGAUUGCCGUUCACUGUAAAGCCGGACUUGGACGAACCGGAUGUCUUAUUGGUGCCCAUUUGAUCUACACCCAUGGCUUUACAGCCAACGAAUGUAUAGCCUAUAUGAGAAUGAUCCGUCCUGGAAUGGUAGUGGGUCCACAACAGCAUUGGCUCUAUUUGCAUCAGAACGACUUCAGAGACUGGAGACACACCAUGAUUUUGGAUAACAGACCAGACGAGUUUAUAGGCGGCUUGUUCCCUUUGACGUCGUAUGAUGAAUUCAAAGCUAGAAUGAGACAAGAAUCCAAACAGAGAAAGCUUCAACUGCAACAGCUGGUCAAUUCUUCAGUCAACUAUUUUGACUCCUCUUUCCAUACGCCUAUAAGAAGAAGAAAGAUUAGUGGAGCUUUAGCAGCAAAGAUCCAAACUGCAGUACCCAACGAAUCUCCAGGACAACCUAGAAAGUAUAAAGAAGAUGCCAAUUCCAGUGUAGUGGAAUUGAUCAACAACUCAGAUGAAGAAAAUUUGGAAGCAAUGCAGGACGUAAGUACCAGUAGAAAGGACUCUAACUAUGAUAUUGAAGCCGAGCUUAACACAGAUGAGGACCAUUCUCGUGAAUGGAAAGUUUUGAGGUCAAUUUCUACCAACGGCACCAACCAGCCAGUACUGUUGACCAAAACAACUACAACAACCACUACCAGAACUGUAAGCACAACUUUAUCGUCUUCUCCUCAGCAGUCACCCAGUCAUCAUUCAAUCAAGAUGCCCAAGUCUAGAUCUAGCUCCAGAGUCAGCUCAGGUAUGAUUCAAUCCAAGAACGAAGGCUAUCACGGAAGCUCUCGAGUUCUGUCGGCUGGAAUCAAGAAAGUUGCUGGCGUAUCAGGCAGAAAAAUGUAG